GAUAUAUGGAGAAGGAGGGAAGAAGGGAGGAUUGAGUGAGGAGAGCACAGAGUAGACACACUCCUUCACUCAGUCACUCUCCCCUUGCCAGUGACAUCCACCACUGCAACAUCUGCUGCCUGCCAGACCCGCUCCUCCUGUCAUGAUGACGACCCGCGCCCUCUGCCUGAGCUGCUUCGUCCUCCUCCUCGCGCUGCUCUCCCUGUCCCGUCAGGCUCGCGCCGAGCCGCGACGCACCACGUCGCCUCAGCGCCGAGCGGCCCGCGCGCCCGCCGCCAAGGUGCGCCUGGCGGGCAAUUAUCCCCGAGAGGCCCACGAGGGACGCGUGGAAGUGCUGCACAACAACACGUGGGGAAGCGUGUGCGACGAUGAGGUGGACAUCAAACUGGCGAACGUGGUGUGCCGCGAGCUGGGUUUCCAGGGCGGCGUCACGUGGGCUCACAGCGCCAAGUAUGGGGAAGGUUCAGGCCCAAUAUGGAUGGACAAUGUACGCUGCGAUGGCACGGAGAAGUCCCUGAAGGACUGCAAACACAACGGCUGGGGUGUAAAUGACUGUAAGCACUCUGAAGACCUGGGGGUGGUGUGUGCCCCUCAGCGCCGGCCCCAUCAGCCAGCCAUCACCAGGAGCCACACCACUGCCAGCAGGCCUCAUGGCAGCACCGCAGCUCAGUGGCAAGGCCAUGUGGCCUCUCAAAGGCAUCCGGGAUAUGGAUAUUAUGGAAAUGGACAUCAAUAUGAGCCCCCCAGAUUCCAAAGACAGCACCAUCUUUAUCAGGGUCACGGUAAAGUUCGAAUCGAAGAGGUGCGUCUGCGUCCCAUUCUCAUGGCUACCAAGCGGAAGAGCCUCAUUACCGAGGGUGUGGUGGAAGUGAAGCAUGCUGGGAGAUGGCGGCAAGUUUGCGACUUGGGUUGGAGUCUCAACAGCAGCCGGGUGGUGUGCGGGAUGCUCGGCUUUCCAGAGGCUACUCAGCACAAUGUGAAAACAUACAAGAAAAUAUGGGAUACCAAGGUAGCGGAUCCUUCAACAAGGCUGAGCAUCAUGGCAAAAAAGAAGGGAUUCUGGGUAGAAAAAGUUAACUGCCGGGGGACUGAGAACAGCCUGUCGGAGUGCCUCGCGCAGCUGUCCAUCCCUCGUAGUCCCAGUCCGUGUAAGAAUGGGAGACACGCCGUGGUCAAGUGUGUCCCGGGUCCUCAGUUUGCUCGCAUCUCCUCAGGACGACCCCAGGCCCCCUAUCCUGUUGUGCCUGUGCGUCUGAAGGCCGGCCCCAGACUGGGUGAGGGCCGCGUGGAGGUGCUCCGAGAUGGGAAAUGGGGAACCAUAGUGGAUCACUUGUGGGACAGACCUGCAGCCAGCGUGGUGUGCAGAGAACUGGGCUUCGGCACUGCGAAGGACGCCCUGCAGGGAGCCUUUAUGGGUCAAGGCACAGGACCUAUCCAUAUGAACAGUGUACAAUGUACGGGAUCAGAGCGCUCCAUCCUAGACUGCUAUUUCCAAGAAGUCCAACCCUGGACGUUCAAACACACCCAGGAUGCAUCAGUACGCUGUAACGUUCCUAAGACCGGGACAGAAAGCACGGUGCGGCUUGCUGGCGGCAGAGUCCCAACAGAGGGACGUGUGGAGGUGCUGAUGGAGGUUGGGGGUCGUAAACGCUGGGGCUCUGUGUGCAGUGAGAACUGGGGCAUAAACGAGGCCAUGGUGGUCUGCAGACAGCUCGGAUUCGGCUUUGCCGCCAGCGCUCACCAGGAGACCUGGUACUGGACCGGUGACCCAAAUGCAGCCGAAGUGAUUCUCACCGGGACUCACUGCGUGGGCACAGAGUUUUCAGUUCAGCAGUGUCGUCGCAACAACCACGUCCAUUGUCCUCGAGGAGGUGGAGCUAAGGCUGCAGGGGUCAGCUGCUCAGACACGGCGCCGGAUCUUGUUAUGGACGCCCAGCUGGUCCAGGAGACGGCCUACCUGGAGGACCGACCUCUGCACCUGCUGACCUGCGCCAACGAGGAAAACUGCCUGUCGUCUUCUGCCGCACGGAUGAACUGGCCGUACGGCCACCGGCGCCUGCUGCGCUUCUCCUCCCGCAUCAUGAACCUGGGCCGCUCCGAUUUCAGACCCAAAGCGACAAAAGACAGCUGGACAUGGCACCAGUGUCACAGGCACUACCACAGCAUCGAGGUGUUCACGCAUUACGAUCUGCUGACUCUUAACGGCACGAGGGUUGCAGAGGGACACAAGGCCAGCUUCUGUCUGGAGGACACGUAUUGCCCUGAGGGACUCCAGAAGCGGUUCUCUUGCUACAAUAUGGGCGAUCAGGGCAUCUCUGUGGGCUGCUGGGACACGUAUCGCCACGACAUCGACUGUCAGUGGGUUGAUGUGACAGACGUACGACCAGGAGACUACAUCUUCCAGGUGGAAGUUAAUCCGUCGAUGGACAUGGCUGAGUCGGACUUCAUGAACAAUGUCAUGAGAUGUCGGUGCAGAUACGACGGCCACAGGGUUUAUAUGUACAGCUGUCACGCAGGCGAUGCCUACAGCGCCGAGACCGAAGACCUGUUUGAGCACCAGAGGCAAAUCACCAAUAACUUUGUGUAGCCUACCGCAGAGUCCACCACAAAGAAGAACCCAGAGACCGUCCAGGGUGGGCUGCGGUCGGUGCCUCCCCCUGCUCUAUGACAAUCUUAGGACCCACUUUAACAGAGAACACAUCCUGAUGGAGCCUGCUCACCUCUUUGGCAGGUGGGAAUUAGCAGCGACCUUUGCAGAGACUCUAUUCUCAACUCAAAAAGCCAACGACAAAGGAGCUGCAAGGCGGUUCAACAUGCUUUUAUACUCUUGUUAAGGAAGAAGACUUUGGAUAAAGAUUCAAGCCAUAGUGACUUUUGUGAAUGUGGACUACUAACUUAAAAUUAGUGAUUCUUGGCGUAUACAUGUGACAGACCUCAGUGCCACCGCAGCUAAACAGCAAAAGAUACAAGAGUGAGUCCGACCUGAGAACAUGUGUGAAGCGUGUCUCUGUUAAGUAUCUUCCAAAGUCCUGUUUGAAAUCGAUCACCGUCAGUACUUCGCCAUUGGUGCUCUUUAACAAUACUGUAUGUCAAAAGAUUAACCUCAGUUUUGUUUGUUUGUUUUUUGUUUGUUUUUUUUUCAGGUGAAAGAUGUUGUAGUUACUUUAUCAUUAGUUUCAUUUUAACAAAAUGUAACUGAGCAUUUCAUAUCGAACAUACAAGAAGCAGUGACAGUUUUAUGGAACAAAGCACUUUAUCUUUUAAACAUCAGUAUUCUACUUUUACUCCUGCUCUAUUUCCAACUAGCCACCAAACUCAAAUAUCUAGGAUGUUUAUCUAAAAAUGACUUUAUGAAUUUUUACAUUCCAGAGAGUUAAAUAUAUGGUUGUGUUUUGUCUUCAUAUACAAUGUGCUAUUUAUGCUGUACUUUAUUUAUUCAAAGCAGUGACACACCGCAUGCUCAGUAAAGAUUUUGUUAGCUAGCAUUUAUUUAAAGAAAUUAUUUUUUUUCUAUGUAAUAUAAUCAGCCAAGGAAAACAAAAAUAUUUCAUUUAGUUGCUACAAAAUGUAGUCUUAGAACAAUCCCAUGUUGCAGAUGAACAAUUGUUGAUCUAUUUUUUUUUUUUUGUAUUUUAGUUAUUUAAACAAUUGUACGUACAGUAAUGUACAGUUUUUCUCUGAUGGGAGGGAAAGUUGUUCGGACAAAACCGCAGAACUGUGGUCGGCAGGCAGGCAGGCUGGGUUCGGAGAGUGUAUAAAAAGCCUUUUAAUUACGUCUGUUUGGUUAGACUUAAGGUUAGGGUUGAGAAUGAGGCUACAGCAUGUGCUUUAUUAAGAAACACUAUGGAACGGAUACAUAUGGAUUCCUGGAAAGAGAAGGAAUCUGGAGUUCCAUCAUAGCACAACCUCCAAGAAAGUGUCCGGUCCUCUGCGAUACUUAGCUCGGACGUUCGAAAGAAAGGAUACGAAAGUCAAACAGGAGAGCUGCAAACUGUCAAGCAGGGCGACUUCGACAGACGGUCGUUUUUUUUUUUUUACUACAAGGGCUGCUUUUUCGUAGGGAGCCGUGCAGAGACCAACCACAAAGUGGCAUUUUGUGCUCCCCAACGAGAACAACAUGUUUGUCUGGGAGAAAAAAAAUAAACUCCUCAAUUCAGGCUUCAGCACAGUAAACAGAGGCCUUAUUUCUGCUGAAGGUAAAGCCUGCUGAAAUUCACAGAAUCUCUGCUGAAUAAGUAAGUUGUAUUCCACCCAACAAUGAUGCAACUCCAUAUUGUUUUACAGCCCGGAGUGGAUGUUAAUGGUGUUGUUUCACCCGUUAAAGUGUUUGAUGUGUUUGGCUCGUUGUCUUUGCGGUCGAACCUGUUAAGACAGUUUUCUAGUGGACAGUGUCCAGGAAGGGACAUGCCAUUCAUGAGUACAGCCGCAGACUUCAUUAUGUUCUGUAACUGUUUUGUUAAAGUCCUCCGCAGGGUUGUCAUGAUGCCGACUUUGAAACGAAGCCCUGUCAGUCUUUUGCAGCAUUUAGUAACGUACGGCUGGUCAAACGUUCAGGUCUGCAGUUACAAAUGUUUUAGGUUAGUGUGGAUGAUCAGUUCAGAAAAUCCAAGGUUAAUGUUUGCUGAUGUGCUUUUCUGUCAUUUUGUGUUUGUGUACAAUUGAUUUCGACAUAUUACCAUGGUCCGUUCUGUGUGUUUUCAACUGUAUAUGCCAAUCCAUAUCGUAAGCUGGUUCAUAUUCAUCAUAUUGCUGUAUUACCGCCCAUGCUAUAGAUGUUGUGAUGGGAUAUCAUCUCUUUCAUGGCCAGUCGAGCUUUAAUUUUGACUUUCAAUCUGAGAGUGUGAUUCGUGUGGCGCUUAUCUACAAUCCUAAUUAUCAAAAGCUAUACUCUCAGGGACUUUGACCUCAUCUAAAGAGUAAAAAGAAAGAAAUAUUUCAUGUGAUGUGAUUUAGUUUCCUUUGAGCUGUGAUGUAUUUGUUUUUUUCUUUUAAUCACUAUUUCUACAAACAGUAAUCUGUGCCCACAUGUUUAUUUUACUGGUAAGAAUUUAAGGUAUGAAGGCGAUAAGCUUCUGUUACCAUUUUCCUUUUGGGGAAAAUUGGGAUCACUGAGGAUAAACACUGGCUGAGUCAGAGUCAAAUUUCAUCUCAAGAGUAACUCACAAACCUUUCAUUCAUCAUUACUGUGAAUCAAUAAAACUUCAUCACAUACUAA